AUGGAUCUCACAAAAAAAGAUUUGUUUAAUUCCGCAGAAGGUUGUUUUAUAACAAAAUUUGAGUACGAUUCAUUUGAAAAUCGCAAAUUUAUCGCGAAAGGAGGUUUCGCUGCCGUCUAUAGUGCUUAUUUGAAAAGCGCCGAGAAGACCGUUGCCUUAAAAAUAUUUCAUGAUAUCAAAUUUUAUAAAGGAUUCGUUACCGAGCUAAAAAAUUUAAAUGCCGUCAAUCACCAUAAAAACAUAAUUAAAUUCAUGGGAAUUAGUCAAGAACCUGUGUUCAAUACUCCUCAUGAAAAUAUUCAACCAAAACCCGAUCAUGAUAACGCAGAAACUGAUUUGUAUAUCCAUGAUUCUGUUUCCACAAUGGCUGAUUCCAUAGGUAUUUGCUUAAAUUUUUAG